AUGGGAGCAUAUUUAUCGGCACCAAAAACCAAUAAAGAAUCUAUAGAUGGAGGAAAUUUAGAGUUGGAUCCAAGUAGAUAUGGGUUGUCUUGUAUGCAGGGUUGGAGGAAGAAUAUGGAAGACAGCCAUAUUUGUUAUAAUAAUCUGAAAGUGAAUGAAAUAGAAGAAGAUAUUUCGAUAUAUGGUGUUUUUGAUGGUCAUGGUGGCCCGAAUGUAUCAAAAUGGAUAUCGUACAAUUUUCGUAGAAUAUUUAUAAAAUGCAUAAAAGAAGCUAGUGAGGAAUUAAUAAAAAAGAAUAUAGAUAAAUCGAAAAAUUAUAAAUUAAAACUUAUUAAAUUAACUCUUGAAAAAACUUUUUUAAAAUUAGAUGAAGAAAUGCUCUUAGCAGAAAAUCAAGAAAAAUUAAAAAAAUACAGUGUGCCAACACAAGAAAAUGAAGAAGAGUCGGAUACAAGGGAAAAUUAUUUAUAUUCCAUUUUAAAUGAUAUAAUAUCAAAAAAUAUUAGCAUUAAAGCAAUAGAAAGGGAUGGAAAAAGGUGUUUACAGGUUGUGUAUAAUAAAGAUGGAAAUCCUGUAGAAGAGGGGAGCACAGAAUCGUCAAGGUCUUUAACAGUUGAUGAAGAAAAUAAUAAAUCCUCGACCAUAUUUGAUAGUUCAGAUGGUAUAUUAAAAUAUGAAGACGAUGAAGAUGAAGAAUUUGAAACAGAAAUAAAUGCAAAGGACGAAAGUAGUAAAGACAUUGAAGAUUUCGAUGACGAUGAUAAUAUUAAUAAUAAUAAUGUUUUUAAAAAAGAUGGCGCAAAUUCAAAUGCUUUAACUGCCAGUAAUAAUGAUACAAAAGUAGUUAAAGGAAAAAAAGAUGCAGAAAAAAAUGAAUAUGAUACUGAGAAAAAGAUUAAUGGUGAUACAGAAGAAAAUAGAGAAAUAAAUAUAUCACCUAACAAAGGAAUGGCUGAAAAGGAUGCAAGAAAUGAUAAUGGAUUGUUGAAUUUAAAUAAAGAAAAUAAAAAUAAAAUAAAAGAUGAGGACAAUAAAGAAAUUUCUGAUUAUUUAGAUUCGAAUGAUAGUGCUGAAACUAAUGCUAAAAGAUUAAAGAAAGAUAUGAAUAAUGAAUAUUCGAUCAAUGAAAAGGACAAUAAUAAUAAUAAUAGUAGUAAUAGUAAUAAUAAUAACAGCAGUAAUAGUAAUAGCAAUAGUAAUAAUAAUAAUAGUAGCAGUAACAACAAUAAUAAUAAUUAUAAUAAUGACAAAAAUAAUGACAACAAUAAUUAUGACAACAAUAAUUAUGACAACAAUAAUUAUGACAACAAUAAUUAUGACAACAAUAAUAAUAACAAAGAGGAGGAAAAUUUAAUAAAUAAUAAGGAAUAUAAUAAAACGGAAAAAGUAAAAUCAGAAUUAACAUAUGAUAAUUUAAAAUGUAUGGAGCAAGAAGCAGCAGAAGCAAAAAAUAAACUUAAUGAAGAUUGUGACACAAAUAAUAGCACAAAUGGAAAUAUAAGUGGUUAUGAUGAAAAUUCAUUGAGAUUAUAUGAAAAAGGCAGUAGUAGUAGUAGUAGUGAGGAAGGUUUUUCCUAUGAUGAAGCAAUAACAAAUGUAAUUGAUAAUAAUAUUAGUAGUAGCAAUAGUGAUGCAAAUAAUGAAGGAGAAGAUUGUAAUGGAAUAUAUGCUUCUGAUGAACUACGUUUGUUUGAAAAUUAUUAUUCAAAUGAUUAUGAAGAUAAUAUAGCGUAUAGUUGUGGUUCGACAGCCAUUGUAGCAGUUAUAUUAAAAGGAUAUUUAAUUGUAGCCAAUGCUGGAGAUUCAAGGGCAAUAGUUUGUUUUAAUGGAAAUUCCUUAGGUAUGUCUACUGACCAUAAACCACAUUUACAAGAAGAGGAAACUAGAAUUAAAAAAGCAGGUGGUUAUAUAUCAAAUGGUAGGGUAGAUGGGAAUUUAAAUUUGACAAGAGCAAUUGGGGAUUUACAUUAUAAAAGAGAUCCAUUUUUACCUCAAAAGGAUCAGAAAAUUUCUGCUUUCCCAGAAGUUACAUGUGUUACUUUAACACCUGAUGAUGAAUUUUUAUUCCUUGCGUGUGAUGGAAUAUGGGAUUGUAAAGAUGGUCAAGAUGUAGUUGGUUUUGUUAAAACACGUCUGGAGAAAUUUGAGGAACCUACCAAUGAGGAGACCCAUAUGGAAAAAAUAGGUAAUCAUGAAAAAAACAUUACUAGUGCAACGAGUGAUAAUAUAGUUAGUAGUGUUAAAAAUGAUGAGGAAAAUAAAUGGAAAGAUAUUGAAAAUAAUUUAGAUAAAGAAGAAAAUAGAAAUGUUGCAAGCAAUGAUCUAAACAGUAACAAAAAUGAUAAUGUUGUGAAUGAUGUGGAUAUUGUUUUAGCUACUGAUGAAAAUAAAAUGGAUGAUGACAAUAAUAAUAUUCUUCAGGAAAAAAAUGAAAAUGAUGAAAUGCAUAUAGAAAGAGACGAUGAAGAUGAGACUAAAUUUGAUUCCGCACCAAUUAUCGAAAGAACAAAAUUCGAAAAAUUUAAUAAAUUAUCACAAAUAUGUGAAGAAUUAUGUGAUGAGUGUCUAUCUAAUAAUUAUAAAGAGAAUGAUGGAAUUGGAUGUGAUAAUAUGACAUGUUUAAUAGUGCAGUAUAACCCAGUUUAUAAAAUACACACAGAGAAGAAAUUUUUAAAUAUAGAUGAGAUUGAGUAA